AUGGCCUUCAGAGCGACACAAACUGCCAUCGUCAUAGACACCCUAAUAGCCGACUUAGUUCAGGAGGUUAUUGAACGGCGUCUAUUGACGAAGGAACCUAAUUCCUUCAAACUCGGUCCAUGCCAAAGGCUGUUCGAUAUACUGGGAAUAAUUCCAUACGGCCAGCAAGAUGCUGAUAUUGUUGCCGUUGACGAUGUUGAGCUGGACAAGAUGUUGGCUCUCAAGGACAUCGAUGCGCCACCUCCGAUUGAUACUCCAUUCGGCAACCAGACAAAUGAAAAAAUACAAAAAUGGCACAGUUGGUUGAUUGAGGCCUUGGCUGCGGAUAGCUCUGAAGAUGAAUUGGAAAUUUAUCGAAAAUCAAGACAGACAAUCAAACAGUUUAGUAAUAGCGCCUGUCAAACGGAACAACCGCGUUUCCGGAAGCGUAAUCCGGGCGUUAAAACGCCAGGAGAUUGGGCAUUACGUGGAACGGCGCCCUGUGAGCUAAAUCGCCAGACAAUCUUUAUUGAUGCAAUGUCAGUGCCGACGCCCAGUUUACACAGCCGCCCCCCGUUGGCCGAUCGUUUCUGCUAUAUGUUGACAGAUUUUGCCUCGGCCCUGUACUGUAGUCUUGCCAUCAUGUGUUGUUGUACCCCAAGUAUGUUUCGAUAAAUAGGGUUUAUUAUUUUUUGA